UCCUGCUUGAGCAGGUCCAUCGUUGGGUCCUGGCCAUAAGUUCUCCAGUCUUCGAGGCCAUGCUGUAUGGUCCCCUGGCCGAGGGUGACCUGCUGCACCUUCCGGAAGACCCUCCUGAAGCCUUCAACUGGCUCCUAGAUCAUAUAUACCUCAACCACAGCCAGCUGCCGGGGGUUCAGCUGGCUCUCCAAGUAUACCAGCUAGCUGCUAAGUACCAGAUGGAUCCUCUGUGCAAGCUGUGCUCCCAGUAUUUGGUUCAAGAAGUGACGGCGAGCACCUUCCCUGGCGUAUAUGAGACAGCACUGAUGCUGGAAGAUGAUCAAUUGCUGGCUAAGUGUGCACAGGUAAGUUGUUGCAUUAGAGGGCCUAUGACGGCUUGUGCCGUGUGAGGGUUUAUAGAGCCACUGACAGCAUGUGCCGUAUGGAACCCAGGUCAGCAUGACACACUACACACAAGGCUAGAUUAAAGCUAGGCUAUAAGUAUCUUUGGCAGUACUGUUCGUAUGGAGAUGUCAAUGAUAUAAAAUGCAAAGCGUGUGGACAGAGAUAGGGCCAUACACUGGUGUGUGGACAGACAGAGUCAUACACUGGUGUGUGGACAAAGACAGGGCCAUAUACUGGUUUGUCGACAGUGACAGGGCCAUACACGUGUGUGGACAGAGACAAAGCGGUACAGUGAUGUGUCGACAGAGACAGGGCCAUACACGUAUGUGGACAGAGACAAAGCAGUACAGUGGUGUGUCGACAGAGACAGGGUCAUACACUGGUGUGCGGACAGAGACGGUCAUACACCGGUGUGUGGAUAGAGACGGUCAUACACUGGUGUGUGGAUAGAGACGGCCAUACACUAGUGUGUGGAUACAGACGGUCAUACACUGGUGUGUGGGUAGAGACGGUCAUAUACUGGUGUGUGGAUAGAGACGGUCAUACACUGGUGUGUGGAUAGAGACACGGUCAUACACUGGUGUGUGGAUAGGGACAGGGCCAUACACUGGUGUGUGGAUAGAGACGGUCAUACACUGGUGUGUGGAUAGAGAGACGGUCAUACACUGGUGUGUGGAUAGAGACACGGUCAUACACUGGUGUGUGGACAGAGACACGGUCAUACACUGGUGUGUGGACAGAGACACGGUCAUACACUGGUGUGUGGAUAGAGACACGGUCAUACGCUGGUGUGCGGACAGAGACACGGUCAUACACUGGUGUGUGGACAGAGACACGGUCAUACGCUGGUGUGUGGAUAGAGACACGGUCAUACACUGGUGUGUGGACAGACACGGUCAUACACUAGUGUGUGGACAGAGACACGGUCAUACACUGGUGUGUGGACAGAGACACGGUCAUACGCUGGUGUGUGGACAGAGACACGGUCAUACACUGGUGUGUGGACAGAGACACGGUCAUACACUGGUGUGUGGACAGAGACACGGUCAUACGCUGGUGUGUGGAUAGAGACACGGUCAUACACUGGUGUGUGGACAGAGACACGGUCAUACGCUGGUGUGUGGACAGAGACACGGUCAUACACUGGAGCAUUAUAUCUUAAAAUGUCCAAACAUCUACCUGGAGAUCUAACAAUAUUCAGUAGGGUCGAACAACGACCCAUUGUGAUUUUUGUAAUCAUAUUUUUUUUUUUUGCGCUACACGCACAGGAUAAGUUGACGGUACACCAUAAACUAGGUUCUCAGACGAUACAACUAAACUCAGUUUACUUUAUGUACGCCAGAUCAUCAUCUGGAAAAGACCCGGGCAGGGACAAGACC